UCAUUCAGUUGUCGAUUGUUGUUAGCGAAGUGUAGCAGCAAUUUUCUGUCGUAAAUUCUCCCAUUGAGAAACUUUUUGUCUUUUUGUACCGAGAAACGAAAAUGAAUCUUCGAUUGGUCUUUGUGGUAUUGAUGGCCGUCUCAUGCUUUGCAGCAAAGGCACGCUACGACAAUUACAAAUUGUAUUCACUGCAAUUGGAAAGUGAAGAACAAGCAAAAGCUGUUGUCGAAUUGGAACAUCAGACCGACGCCUAUGAUUUCUGGUCAGGAGCGAGUUUGGUACGCGAUGUCGAUGUAAUGAUUCCACCUCACAAAUUUGGCGAAUUUGAAGAUUUUUUGGAGCGAUUCAACAUAUCGUUUCACAUUAAAGUGGAAAAUAUUCAAUCACUCGUUGAUCAACAAGAUCCGGAAUUGACGGCACGCAAAACCGCUGAGGGCCGAAAUGCCUUCGAUUGGACAUUCUUUAAUACAUUCGAUGAAAUUCAAAGUUGGCUGGACGGUCGUAUCGCCGCAUAUCCCAGUGUUUUAUCUAAUAUCGUCAUCGGAAGAUCACUGCAAAACCGCGUACUCCGCUGUGUCCGUUAUUCAGAACGAGCUAACAACCCAGCCGUUUUCAUUGAGGCUAACUUCCAUGCACGUGAAUGGGCCUCAUCUGCCACUGCUACAUGGAUUAUAAAUGAAUUGCUGUCUUCGACAGAUCCAGAAACUAGACAAAUUGCCAACACCGUUGACUGGUACAUAUGUCCAGUCGCCAAUCCUGAUGGCUUUGUGUUCUCCCAUGAAUCGACUCGGCUAUGGCGAAAAACUCGUCAGUCGUGGGGAAGCUGCAUCGGAACCGAUCCGAACCGAAACUUUGACUUCUUCUGGAUGUCUGCUGGUGCAUCUAACAAUCCAUGUUCCGAUACGUAUGCCGGUCCGAAUCCAUUCUCCGAACCAGAAACUGCUGCCCUCAGAGACUUCUACGGUACCAUUGCAUCGCGUACUCGAAUGUUCUUGUCGAUUCAUGCAUUCGGCCAAUAUCUUCUGUUUCCACUGGGUCACACAACGGCUCAAUCGAAUAACCAUGCCAAUUUGUUGUCCGUUGGCAAUGCAGGAGCAAAUGCAAUUCGUGCCACUGCUGGUGCCGAUUAUUUGGUUGGAAGCAGUUCGGUCGUUCUCUACGCCACAUCGGGAUCAACGCCAGAUUGGGCAUUUGGCGUGCAUAACACGCGUUUGUCGUAUACCUUUGAAGUUCGGCCGAUCCGAGGAUCGAGUAACGGUUUCUUGUUGGCGCCGAACCAAAUUAUUCCCAACAAUCGUGAAGUGAUGAAUGGAAUCAAAGCUAUGGUUGCACAGGCUCGAGUACUUGGAGAAAUGUAGUAUGCGUGUCGACGGUGAUUUUUUUCAAAAAUG